AUGAGUUCAGCGUUUCGUGGUUUAUUGUUGAAGGAUGGUUGUAGUUGUGAGAAUUGUUGUGCAUGUGGAGAAUGCUGUUUGGCAUGUGCUGAAACAUGUAAUUGUUGUAAUACAACGUCAGUUGAAUCAUGUUUGGAUGCGUGUUGUCCGAAACGUGGAAAUGUCGAUUUUGCUGAUAUAAUCACGUGUGAAGCCUGCUGUAGUGGUCAGUGUUGUGAAGUGAGUCGUCUAUUUUGUGGUGGAACAGCGUGUAUUUGUGCGCCCACAGAUGUUAGUAAUGUGAAUUGUUUAUGCUGUGCAUUUGAACAAGAAAGACCUAGACCAGAUACAAAUGAAUAA